AUGCCUCGCGAGAUCUCCGACAUCAAGAACUUCAUUGAGAUUUGCAGACGCAAGGAUGCUUCCUCUGCACGCAUAAAGCGCAACAAGAAGUCAUCGCAGAUCAAGUUCAAGGUCCGAUGCCAAAGACACCUCUAUACGCUCGUCCUGAAGGAUUCCGAGAAGGCCGAUAAGUUGAAGCAAUCGCUGCCACCAAGCCUCGUCAUCGCCGAUACACCAAAGAAGAAUGCGAAGGGCAAGCGAAUUGCACAAUAA